ACACCAAAAAACAACAAAAGAAAAGAAUCCACUAUGUAGUCCAGGCUGGCCUCAAACUCACAUUGAAUCCGUCUGCCUCACCCUCCGAGGGAUUACAGGCCUGCACUACCACCCCCACUGGGCUAGAAAUAAAUUGAGUGAAAAAACCGGGCACAGGCUCUUAGCCACGUGUCUCUCAAGGCAGAGGGUGACCCUUCCCUGCUUGGGGACCCAGCACACACUGACCCUUGACCCCUACCCUAGAGGCCAGUGAACCAUUAACUCCUCCAGCUAGGAACCUUCCCACACUGGCCCCACCCCUGGCCCUGCCCCAGGCAGGUGGGCUAGGAGGGGAGCCUGCCCUCAGUGCUCUGACGUGGCCUCCACUGCACCUGGAAGCUUAGCCGUGUUCCCCUCCCCGACUCAGGAGCCUUUCCACGUCCACAGCGAGGCCUGCUGGGGACCUGAGGUAACAACUCUCAUGUUGCCAGGAAGGGUGAGGCCUGGGAAACAGGGGAUGGAGAGAUGGGGGAAGGUGAAGGGGCGGAGCCUGGGAGACCAAGGAUGGACGGUCAGCUCCGGCAGGCUCUGGGUCCGGAAGGUGCUCAAGGACUGGCAAACAAGAGGCUGCACCAGAGGAGCAGUGGGGGAGGCCAGAGGCCAAGCAGAGGCGGCUGCUGCAUGCGGGCGGGAGCAGGUGCAAGGACUGAAGGUUCCCGUCCCGGCUGGACAGCAGCAGUGGCCCUGACCCACUCCUCCUGUUCUUGCGGGCCCAGGCCUCAGGAUGUUCCGGGAGGAAUAGAAGCCGGGACCGAAGCCUCUCACCUCUCGUCCCCCAGGAUGGGGCCCCCGGCGCGGCAUCUGCUGGCCAGCCUGUGCGUUGGGGUGGUCUUGGGCUGGGCAGGGGGCUCAGUCCCCAACCUGGGCCCUGCGGAGCAGGAGCAGAACCAUUACCUGGCCCAGCUGUUCGGCCUGUACGGGGAGAACGGGACGCUGACCGCAACAGGCCUGGCCCGGCUUCUGCACAGCCUGGGGCUGGGCCGGGUUCAGGGAAUUCGCCUGGGACACGGACACCAUGGGCCUCCAACUGGCCGUGCAGCACCCCCACCUGGAGACAACCUCACACACAGGCUGCAGGACCCCGAGCUGAGUGUGGAUGUCUGGGCAGGGAUGCCUCUGGGACCCUCUGGGUGGAGUGACCUGGAAGAGUCAAAAUCUCCCCACCUACCCCAGGGGCCAGCCCCCUCGGGCCUGGACCUCUUUCACAGGCUUCUGUUGCUGGACCAUUCGUUGGCUGACCACCUGAAUGAGGAUUGUCUAAAUGGCUCCCAGCUGCUGGUCAAUUUUGGCCUGAGCCCCGCUGCUCCGCUGACCCCGCGACAGUUCGCUCUGCUGUGCCCUGCGCUGCUUUACCAGAUCGACAGCCGUGUCUGCACCCAAGUUCCAGCCCCAGCCCCUCCAGGAGACCUACUGCCUGCCCUGCUUCACAGCGCCCUGGCAGUCCUGCUGCUCAGCCUCCCUGCCCCCCUCUCCCUGCUGCUGCUGCGCCUCCUGGGACCUCGUCUGCUGCAGCCCCUGCUGGGCUUCCUGGGGGCCCUGGCCGUGGGCACUCUUUGCGGGGAUGCGCUGCUCCACCUGCUGCCACAUGCACAAGGAAGGCAGCACACGGGACCUAGCGGGCGACCCGAGGAGGAUCUGGGUCCAGGGCUGUCGGUACUUGGAGGCCUCCUCCUGCUCUUCCUGCUGGAGAACAUGCUAGGGCUUUGCGGGCACAGAGGGCUCCGGCCAAGAUGCUGCGGACGAAAGAGAAGGGCACUCAGAACACCGAACCCAGACCCCGAAGACAGCGCCGGGAUGGCCCUUCGGCCCCUGCAGGCAGCUCCAGAGCCAGGGGCUCGCAGCCAGAGGGAACAGAGCAGCCAGUCGCCCCCGCCACCAGCCCCUCCUGGGCACCCAGGCCACAGUCACGGGGACCGGGGUGGCAGCAGUGCCAGCACCACGUGGAUGGUCCUCCUGGGAGACGGUCUGCACAACCUCACUGACGGGCUGGCCAUAGGCGCUGCCUUCUCCGACGGCUUCUCCAGUGGCCUCAGCACCACCCUGGCAGUCUUCUGCCACGAGCUGCCCCACGAGCUGGGUGACUUUGCGAUGCUGCUCCAGGCAGGCCUGUCCUUCCAGAAGCUGCUGUUGCUGAGCCUCGUGUCCGGAGCCUUGGGGCUGGGGGGUGCAGCCCUCGGGGUAGGGCUCAGCGUGGGCCCCGUGCCCCUCACCCCCUGGGUGUUUGGCAUCACUGCUGGGGUCUUCCUCUACGUGGCCCUCGUGGACAUGCUACCAGCCCUGCUUCGUCCUCCCGAGCCCCUCCCUGUGCUCCAUGUGCUACUGCAAGGGCUGGGGCUGCUGCUGGGGGGCGGCCUCAUGCUCACCAUAGCCCUGCUGGAGGAGCAGCUGUUGCCCCUGGUCUCUGAUGGCUGAGGGGGGCCAGCGGCAAGGGGUCCAGAGUGCCCUUCCUUCCCCCCAACCACAGGAAUGGAGGCGGGACACAGGGCCAGUAGGAGCAAUAGGAUUUUAAUAAACAGAACCCAUCCCAAAGCCAUGACUACGACAGUUGUACUCGCACCAAAACAGCAUAGAAAACCGGGGUGUGGUGGGAGGGCUCAAAGCAGGUUGGGGGAGGACAAGAGUAGGGGCCUGGAGGGGGCAGGGUGCGUCCAUCUUCAGGGAGAGCGUUGUGCUUUAGCCCAGGGAGGAGAGGAGGGGUGGGACAAAUGCACCGAGGUCCCCACUUUUUCCUAUUGCCCUCAGCACCCCGGGGAUGCAGGCAUCUGGGCACAUCUGCCCUUUAUUGCUGCCCACCAGCAUGAAACACCCCCGACCCCAACUCUAGCACCACAGGGGGAUCCAGGGCGGGGGAGGGCAGGAACGGGCAAAUUGCUUAGAGAAAGAU